ACCCACGGACCGCCGGUGUACACGAUCCAUCCCACUGUUGUUGAUACUAUCUUCUCUUCUUUCCACACAUCAUCAUCGCCAGCAAAAUCAUCAUCAUCAUUAUCAUCUGCUGCUGCUGCUGCUGCUGCUGCUGCCUCAUCAGUUACCCCGUUUGCCACGGUUAUUUCACCCACGGUAUUGCGCCCGUCGACUGCACUUGUACUGCACCGCGCCGCUUCUUGCGCGCCGUUGCGGGCGACUUCCAGCUCAAUGGAUUCCGUUUUUGCCUUCCCUCACCAGCACCCGCUCUACCCGUCCGUGCCGACCCAUACCCACACUACCCUCAAUUUUCGAAGCGAGGAUGUGAAGCUCCAGAUCCGCCAGCAGCCCAAAGAGGCUCUGGUCACAGCUGACGGCAAGGAGAAAGCUCGCAAGCCUGUCGAUCCUCCCCCCAUCGUCCAAUGUCACAUCUCCUCCUCCGCCGACCCAGGCCAGCACUUUCUCCAGAGUCCCUAUCUGUUCAUGUGCGCCAGCCUGCAUAGACCCAAGGAUGAUGUCGCCGAAGAUCUGGGCAACAAUGCUCUGGCUGGUUCGCUGGUAUCUUCGUUACACCGACUCAAGGAUCACAACAACAAGGAUGGGGGCUUCUUCGUCUUUGGUGACAUCUCUAUCAAGGUUCAAGGUACCUAUUGCCUCAAGUUCAGCUUGUUCGAUCUUCACAAGGAAACCAACGAAGUGCAAUUCCUCACCAGCGUUUUCACCGAACCAUUCAAGGUUCUACCUGCCAAAGACUUCAAAGGCAUGGAGGAGUCCACCUAUCUCUCCCGUGCCUUCUCCGACCAAGGCGUCCGGCUAAGAUUACGGAAAGAACCGCGUGCGCUGAUGAGCGGGAGUAAACGCGGCUUCUAUCAGCGCGAUGAGCUGACUGUCACCGCACCUGCUCCCUCCGCCGACUACUCCUACCAGGAAACAUCGAAACGAUUUCGUCAGGAUACCGAGGAUUACUCCUAUCAUGAGACCUCGAAACGCUUUCGUCAGGAUACUGAGGACCGCAAGGAAAACUUCUCUAAUCCUGGGGUUUCCGAGCCGAAUUACGCGCCAUCAUAUGCCGCCUCAUCGCAGUACAUUUCCCGCCAACCAUCCUUGUCAUACAAUAUACCGCAAUACAGCAGCCAUCCAUACACACCUUUGCCAGUACCGAGUUCAACAACGGGCUCAUCCUAUCACUCGCCUUUGGCAAUACCGAGUACAACAGCAGCCUCAUCUUAUCACACACCUUUGGCAAUGCCGAGUACAACAGCGGCCUCAUCUUAUCACACACCUUUGGCAGUACCGAGUACAGCAGCCGGCUCAUCUUAUCAACUUCAAGGCAGUCUACCUAAUCCCUCGAAUUACUUCACCAGUCCUUUGCUUCCAUCGACCGCGUCGGAUGUAUUGCAUAGCCCGCAGCAUCAGAGAUAUAAUCAGCAUCUCGAUUACUCACAGAUUUAUUCUCCAUCUUAUAGUCAACAAGACAGUCAACAAGGGAACGUCAUUUGGGGUCAAGGGGGCGACGUGACCGACCAGUAA